CGAUAGAAGUUUCUUUUCAGUUGAUUAUUAUUUUGAACGCUGUUCUUCCUUGUGUUCCGACCGGCUAAUUUUUAUCGAUAAUUGCUUUUCUGUUUUGACGCGAAUUUCGCGGGCUUUACUGCACCUGACGUGUCACGCGUGGCUCUUGCAUCUCGACUUUACGCGUCGUAGGACGUUCUUGUUUAAUCUUGUUAUGGUGUCAGUGGUGUGGUUUCGCAUUAUCCGCUUUACUGACUUAGCGUGUGGGUGGCAUUUGGUCUCGUUAGGUAGAACUGUGGUGAGGGUAUCGUAACCGGGGCCCCAUAUGACCAUCGUCGUCAUUUAUUGCUUUAAUUGUUCAUGUAUUUUUAUAUUUCAUUCUGCUUUCAUUUCAUAACUGCUUUCUAAAUUUAGUUGCUAUUAUAUUCUAAUAACGUGAUCGUUCACGUUACCUGUCAGUUUCUUGUCGAUUUAGGCCUUUGGAGCGUUAUCAUAUUCAACCGUUUUACAAUAAACGCGUAUGACAUGGAACAUCUGUGUGCCUAAAUCUGACAAAGUUGAAUAUGACGCAUUUGUUGAAGAAGUCGCCAAAUACUGAAGAAUCUGAAGCAACAGUGGCUUCAUCGUCGACGAGUAUGGAAGAAAGUAAAUCCGUAACCGAUAAUAUAAUUGAGAGCUUGCCAUCCUUAACCACACUCAGACAAAAGCGUGUCAACAUAGAGACCGAGCUUAAAUCAUUGUUGACCAAUAGUCGGAAUUUGAUAAACGAAAAGGCUCGAAGAUCGCAACUGGCAUGCCCUAAAGCAGAGUUAUAUUUUAAACUGGCCGCUUAUAAUCAAAUUAUAUCGAACAUAUCACCUCAAAUUCGCAAUGCAGAGUCAAAAGCUGCUUUCGAAGAAGGCGUUCGGAGCGUGAUAUCUGAAGUUGAAGGUAUGAUCGAUGAAAUUGAUAGUUACAUCGACCGCGAACCUGAAGCAUCGUGCGUGGCACCUGACGAAAAGAACUCUAAUGUUUCAAGCGGAAGUCUGAAAGAUAACAAUCAGCCAGCUUUGGCCCAACAGCCGAAUGGUAAAAUGGGGGCGGCGAUUGACCAACUUCGAGAGUCUAGCUUGGCGGGGAACGUAACCCACGAACCACAAAAACGAGAACACGAUGAUCGUCGAGAGACACCAUCUCUCCCAAAGAGUAGCUUUAUGAACCCCAGGUUCAAUGACUUUGACGAACGCGAUAUGUUAGAAUCAACUCGAAGAAAAAGUGCCCGCUUUGAACCAGAGACUUUCACUACGACAGAUACACGUCGUGAAUAUACGAUUUCUUACACUUCAAGACAUUAUCAAAAUCCUUCACCAGCAAACCAGAUGCCAUUGCCAGACCAGUCGGUAGACUCCUGGAUCGAUAUUCUCCAACCAAAUCAAGCAGGAUCUAGAACGGUAAAUGAUAAAUUUUCUCUAGCUGAGCAAACGUGUUUAUCUUUGAGUUUAAAUUCUAAAAUGUGGGCUGAACAUCAUUUGCCGCCGGUCCAAAUAAGUCCGUUUGAUGGUAGUGCUAUAAAUUGGCCUAAUUUCAUUGAAUUGUUUUAUGAAAAUGUGCAUUCACGAUUGGACGACGAUGGUCAACGCAUGGUGAGAUUGUCCUCAUAUUUGUCGGGUUCGGCGAAGCGUCGCGUUGAGGGAUUAGGUACCGCCGGCAGUCAUUACAUACUGGUUUUGAAAGAAUUGAAACGCCGCUACGGACAGUCUGUAUUUAUUGCACGGGCCGUGCUUGACCGUGUUGUGAACGGUAAGCGUAUUUCGCCUCUCUCGGCCGAUAGAUUACUUAAUUUUCACUCAGACGUGCGUGACUGCGUGGUGAAUCUAAAAAAGAUGUGUUUUUUGGCUGACAUCAGUAGUGUCGAGAAUGUAAGGAGAGUUUCAAACAGGAUUCCUCAAGAACUGAAUUCAAGUUGGAAUAAAUUUGUUGUGGGUUUUAUUCACGAGAACUCUAAUCCGACAUUAAUAGACUUUGAGCAAUGGUUGUGGGAAAGAACUGAGGAAAUUGCCAAUCCUUUUUCUCCUGAUGUUACUUGCAAUGUCACCAAUAGAGUUGACAAUGAGAGGCCCAAAACCGGUCGUCGCCAGUUAAUUACGUCACCAUUUUCAACGUUAACAAAUUCGGAAUCCGUUAAUGCCUCAUGCAGUGACGCACUACGUUGUCAAUUCUGCAAUGCUGGCCAUUCUUUAAGAAGUUGUGAUGUGUUUUACGGUGCAACCGAUGACGUAAAACGUAAUUUUGUUGUAGAGUUCAGACUUUGCUUUAAAUGUCUUGAACCGGGCCAUCGUGCAUUUAUGUGUAGAUGUGAUGUCAAGUGUAGUAUAUGCAGUGGGAAACAUCAUAAAUGUAUUCAUGGAAUUCGCAUGUUUGAAAGCGUCCCAAGACCAACAAACCGACAGGGUGUAAACAAUGCGAUGUCGGUAACCACUAGGGUUCAAUUUCAGUUGCUACCUGUAUUGGUUAGAGGAGCUAAUGGACGCUCCGAAUAUACCGUUGCUUUGCUCGAUUCGGCAAGUCAGGUUUCUCUCAUUCAUCCUAAACUUAAAACUAAAUUGGAUUUGCGUGGAUGUCGUAAAAAGCUUAUGUUAACCACCCUGGCGGGAACUGGGAUUUCAUAUGAUUCAGAAGCGGUUGGAUGUUUUGUACGUGACAAAUUAAAUCCCGAUGGCAAAGAACUAGCUCUAAAAUCAGUUUUCGUAUGUGACAAUAGAAUUCCCCACCCUGAAAGACGUCAAACGGAUUUUGAAACUUUUCAUCAUUUACGCGGAAUACCACUCCCUGAUAUUAAAGAAAACGAAGUUAUGUUGCUUAUAGGUGCGGACCAUCCGUUUGCCCACUUUCAACUAGAAAGUCGUGUAGGGGGGGAUAACGAGCCUAUUGCUAUUAGAACGCCACUCGGGUGGACUUUGCUAGGUGCAAACAAACGCGCUGGUGAAGUCGACCUAAUUCAGGCCAACUGUCAUUUAUUACACGACGAUUACAAUAUCUUGCAAGAACAAGUUAAGCAGUUUUGGAGUACGGACGCGAUAGGAAUGGUUUACAACAUGAAGCGAGCCGAAUCAGUGGAAGAUCGCGUGGCUGCGGAUAUGAUUAGAGCUAAAACGUCCAUUGUUGAUGGGCAUUAUCAAGUUGGCUUUUUGUGGCGUCACGAUGCUUCCAUUAUGCCGGAGAACAGUCUUAUUGCCCGCACUAGAUUUAAAAAUCUGAAAUAUCGACUUUUGAAAAAUAACUGUCUGAGAGACAUGUACUGCACGUCUAUGAGGAAAAAUAUCGAACGUGGCUGGGUGCGAAAACUGACCGAUAAAGAACGGGAUACUUUGGGCCCUCGAACUUGGUACCUGCCCCAUCAUGGAGUUCAGAAUCCGAAUAAACCCGGCAAGAUAAGAAUAGUUUUUGACGCCGCUGCUACAUAUUGUGGAAUUAGUUUAAAUAAUCAGAUAUAUUCGGGACCUGAUCUUAUUAAUAAUUUAAUUGGUGUUUUACUGCGAUUCAGAGAAAGACCCGUUGCAUUGAACGCUGAUAUUGAAGCCAUGUAG